UCAGACUAAUUUCAAUCCCUUUUGCGAAUGGCUGAUUAUCACAAUCUGUAGCUUAAGUUCACGGGGAGCCGCAGUGUUAAGUCCUUCAGAGCGAGCAAAGACUGGAAAAGAGUCGUCAUGGCCCAGAAAAAUAACAUUCAGUUUACCAUCAGGAAGUGCACAGCCUCAGACCAACAUGCGGUUAUGUCACUUUUUCGCGAUGGGAUUCUCGAACAUGUAUAUCCAGCCUUCUUCAAAGCCAUGAGCCAUCCAGAUCAUGUCGGCGUUGCUUUGAGCCUUUGCAUGGCCGGGUAUGUGCUGGGAGGGAGCUCCUACUUCCAAGCUUUACUCUUUGGCAGUGCAUGGGCUGGCCUCAUUUACUAUUGCUGCCAUGAGAUCUAUGAAGGCUACAUGGUGAGGAGGCUGAGCACAGACAUGGCUGACAUUCAAGCUAAUUACCUGGACAACCCAGAUAACGGUUUAUGGGUGGCAGAGGCAGAUGUCAACGGCCAGCAAAAGGUGGUGGGAGUAUUGGCAGUGAUGGGCAAAAGAGGAGAAGAGGAGGGCGGGAGAUUUGAAGACUGGAACGGAGGAGUGAUGGCAGAAGAGUCAGAGUUCGUCCAAGAUGUCGGAGACGGAAGUUACGGCGAGAUGUUCCUGAUGGUUGUAGAAUUUCCUUUGCGACGUAAAACCCUGGGAUCUCAGCUGAUGCAGAAGGCCUUGGAUUUCUGCAAAGACCAAGGCUACUCCCGCCUGGUUCUGGACGUCAGCUCCGCUCAUACAGCAGCUAUUUCCUUGUUACAAAAAUUCACUUUUGCUCAAACUGGGUCUCACAGCAACACACAUGCUAAUCGCUGGUUCUCCAGACUGGCAAGAAUAAAUGUAAUGCGAAUGGAAAAGUUCAUUUAAUGCAAAAUGUCUCACUACUUGACGCAACCUUGAUGGAUAGUACAUUAAAAAUAUUUCUGUUAAUUUAUGCUUCGUGUCUCAUCUGAUACAAAAAACACAUCUCAUAUUUGGUCACUCGUGUCUCCAGUUUGCAGUAAUAGUACAUUGGGAAAAAAAUGCACAUUAAAUUUCGUGUUUUUUCUCUCACAGAG